CGUUCGACGGCUGCCUGUGCCUUUGCCUUCGAUCAUGUUCUUCGCUCUGCGCUGGUGCUGCCUGGGCUACCUGCUCUUCUGUUGUUGUUUGCUGCCCAACUACCUGGAGGGUGCACGCAUUCUGGCGCUGUUUCCCAUACCCAGUCCUUCGCAUUAUUAUUAUGCAUUGCCCUACCUGAAGUCAUUGGCACUGCAGGGCCAUCAAGUCACCUCGAUUAAUCCGUACCCACAGAAGCAGCCCGUGCAGAACUUUCGGGACAUUCCCAUACCCGAAGUGUUUGUAAAAUUGGAAGGUAACGCUGAAUUUCUUAACGAUGUCACAAAAACGAAAACCCGUUGGGGCUCCAGUAAUAUUGGCAACGAGUACUGUGUGAAUCUCAGCAAGGCGGUGCUGAACAACGAUCAGGUGCGUCGCGAAAUCCUCAAGCCAGGCAAGGCUCAGUUCGAUCUGAUUGUGGUGGAUCUGUGGCGCUUGGAUGCACUCUACGGCCUGGCCGGCUACUUCGAUGCACCGCUCAUUGGCCUGGCACCGUACGGCACAGACUGGAAAAUCGAUCAAUUGGUGGGCAAUACGUCACCCAUUUCGUAUCUGCACUCGCCCACCUCGACGGGUGAGUUGCCGAAUCGUGACACCUACUUUGGACGUUUAAAUCACGCUGUGGAGCGUGCCGUUACCUGGAUCAAUUGGCACUGGAAAUUUGUGCCCAAGCACGAGCAGAUCUAUCGCAAAUACUUCAGUCGAGUGGCCGAUAAAGUUCCCUUAAGCAAAAUCGCCAGCAACUUUGCUUUAAUCUUGGCCAAUCAACACUUCACAUUGGCUCCGCCGCGGCCCUAUGUGCCCAAUGUGAUUGAAGUUGCCGGACUGCACAUUGACGAACAGCAGCCACAGGAGCUGCCCGAGGACAUGGCGAACUUCAUCAAGGGUGCGGGGCAGCCGGGUGUGAUAUACUUCUCGUUGGGUACCAUUUUUCAGAGCAACAGUUUGUCCACAGAGCGGCUGCAGGUGCUGCUGCAGACCUUUGCCGGUCUGCCGCAGCGUGUACUGUGGAAAUUCGAGGAUGAGCAACUGCCGGGCAGGCCGGAGAAUGUGUUCAUCAGCAAGUGGUUCCCACAGCAGGCUGUGCUGGCCCAGCCACAGGUCAAACUGUUCAUCACACACGGCGGCAUGCUCAGCACUGUGGAGAGUCUGCACUAUGGUAAACCGAUGCUGGGACUGCCUUGCUUCUACGAUCAAUUUCGGAACAUGGAUCAUAUACGGCGCAUGGGUCUCGGCCUCGUGCUCAGUCUCAAGGAAAUGAGCGCCUCGGACUUCAAGUCGGCGCUUCGCCGCCUGCUCACAGAGGAGAGUUUUGCGGUCAGCGCAAAUGAAACUGCCCAUCGGUAUCGGGAUCAGCCCAUGGCUGCGCUGGCAAAGGCCAACUGGUGGACAGAGUACAUCCUGCGGCACAAGGGCGCGGCCCACAUGCGUGUGGCUGGCAGGGAGCUCGACUUUUUCACCUACCACAGCCUGGAUGUUAUUGGCACCCUUCUGGGUGCUGCUCUGCUCUCUCUGAUACUCAUUUUGGCUAUGCUGUGGCAGCUUGCACGAACAAUAGCUCGACUAAGACUUAGAUCUGAGAGGAAAAAGCAAAAGCAAAAGAAUCUGUAGAAAAUAAGCUAUUGACUUAGGAUUAAGCUUUAACCAAGC